AUGCUCACUGGCGCAAUGAAAGACUUUGAAGAGGAGUAUCGCGAGAUUGGUGGGGACAUCCGCCGGGUUCUGCUCGCUCGAGAUGCAGACAACGACUCAUCAGCCCACAACUUUCUGGAGGCGGAUGACCCUCUAGCAGAUUACAUGUCUCCCACAAAGCGGCUACAUUUUGCGUGGACAAACCUCAUUAACCACAGUGAAUCCUUCAGGCAUUUUCAGCAAUUUUACAUUCCCCUGUUUAUCACAAUAAUGCUGUGUUCGUCGUCACUGUGGGGCAAUACCCCGACGGCAGAUGCCACAACGUGA